CAUGUGACCACGCCUUCCUCUUUCAGCUCCGAAUUUCCUCGUGAAAAACGAUCAUUUUAGUGUGCUUGUUUUUGGACGGUUUGUGGUGAAAGUAUACAUCAAAAUGGCUUGUUCUAAACCCGAUUUACCCCGCGAUGGUACAAUGCAAGUGACUGCCAAGGAGGGCAUUGCAUUAUUGAAAGCUGCGGGUAAAGAUACUUUACUAGAGAUGCAGGGACUGAAAGAACCAGAAGCAGAUAAACCCGCAAUAAACAGGGAUUCAACCAUGCAAGUUACUGCAAAGGAGGGCAUUGCAUUAUUGGAGGCUGCUGGUAAAGAUACUUUAUUAGAGAUGCAGGGACUGAAAAAACCAGAAGCAGAGAAACCUGCUAUAAACAGAGAUUCAACCAUGAAAGUUACUGCCAAGGAAGGUCAGACUUUACUGGCAGGAUCCAGUUUAGAUCCUGAUGCCACUACAAGGGGUCAACAGAAGAAAAUGGAUGAGAUUAAAGAAGAAGAAGCUCCUGCAGCAAAGAAACCUCGCAUGUCAAAGGCAACCACUAUGGUUAACACUGCAAAGGAAGCAAAGAAUUUACUAGGAUCUAGCGCCCCCGAUGUUGAUGCUCACACUCGAGGACAGCAGAAGAAAAUCGAAGAUAUACAAGCCGAGAAACCGUCGCCAAAAAAACCUAAAUUAUCUAAGAACACAACAAUGGCUGCAACAGCUAAGGAGGGUGCUUCGCUUUUAGAUGGCGAAAAAUUAGGCGACACUCGGCAAGAAACAAAAGCAAAAGCAAGCCGGCCAUCUCCACCUAAACGUUCAAGAACUAUCCAGAAAACCGUGGAUGAAGCUAAAUAUGUGUUGGACACAGACAAAGUUGAUCUCAGUGAGGGCCGACGAACAAGGUCGGCCAGUAGGCCGAAACCAGAAUUGAAGAAAGCAGGUACAAUGGAGGCAACAGCAAAAGAGGGUAAAGAAUUUCUCGCACGAGGGAAGAAAGGGAAGAGGGCCGCGGCAAAGAAGGCCGAGGAAGCAAUAGGUGAGGAGGAAGAAGAAAACAACUCGGAGUAAACGAGGCGAAUCAAUUUUAAGUUACAAACUUAAUUCAUUUAUAAAAAUAUUUCCAUGAAAAGUGUGUACAAUAUUUGAUUAUACAUUAGGAAUCGUGUUUUCAUUCUUCAUCAAGUCCUGUAAAAGAGAUAGUAAGUUAUAUUAAUGCACUGACACAAGUAGAAAAGAAAAUUUUGACAAAAAUUAUGGUUUUAAAUUUGUGUUUUGUAUUUCACCUUAACAUUGUUGAAGCAUUUCUGGGGAUCAUUAUUCAUAUAACCAUUAUGUACAAUGCUGAUGUUAACUAUCACAUUUUAUGGCAUAUGACGUCAUGUGUCAUAAACAUUUUUAUGGCAUCUUUUUGAAAUGUUUAUAAUAUGACAUCAUAAGCUGCUAACAACUGUAUGACACCAUAUGACUUGUUUAAUGAAAAUUGCAUCAUAU